AUGGCCGAAGACUACCAAUUUCCGUGCUGCGAUGAAGGAAGCGACUUUGAUUCCUGUGUCCGCUGCAACAAAUGUGAAGCGUGGUACCAUUUCUGCUGCGUCAACAUCGAUGAAGAGGACGUGGAGGGAAUGCUUUGGUAUUGUAAUAAAUGUAUUUGUUUGGAACCAUCCCUUCUGGAAUCCUUUGGAGCAGUUGGACAAACUGCAACUCGUCGGCAGCCACAUAGGGCAGCCAAAAAGAAAGGUAGUAAAGAGCCUGCAGUCGGUCCAGGUUCUAGAAGUAGCUUGUUGUCAAAUGCAGUAUCAAAUAGCGGUCCCGGUACAAUUGAAGCGCGAAGUGAGGCUAAAAUAAGGAAAAGUGGAAGUGAGACAUCAAAAAGAUCAGUGCGUGAAGCAGCUAAGCGAGAACUGCAACGAAUGCAUGAAAUCAGUAUGAAGAAAAUGGAAGAAGAAGAAAUCGAGAGAAAGUUGUUAGAACAUAAGCUUAAAACAGUUCAACGUGAACGAGAAGAAAUGGUAUCCAGGCACGAACAGGAGAGGCUUGCUGAAGAAGACAGCGAUUCAAGUGAAGAUAAUUCGGGCGAAGGAGAGGCAGAUGCUUUUCUCGAGAAGGUUGAAGCAUGGAAUGCAGAUCAGGAAAAUCAACAUUUAGAAGAUCCGUUGCGAGAAACCUUGGAGAUACCUGCUCAAGUGAAACAAUCGACCAUGAAUCGAGACGAAAACAAGCAGCGGUCGUCAGGAGCUAAACCAAAGUCGAACUUUGGUCGUCGUGAAGUGCUUCCAGCCAACAUAAGCAGCAUAGCGAGUGAUUUCGAGGCUCCAUGUGGUGUAAUGAGGAAAGGUUUACAAGGAAUUCGAAAAGAACCAACACAUCUACAGAUAGCUGCCCGACAAGUGUAUCCUAAAACCUUGCCCAAGUUUUCAGGAAGACCAGAAGAGUGGCCGAUAUUUAUUAGUGCAUUUGAACAAGCUAAUGAAUCUUGUGGAUUCACUGACGCAGAGAAUUUGGUGAGGCUUCAAGAAGCAUUGCUGGGGAAAGCACUGGAAACUGUGCGCAACCGUCUGCUGCUUCCAGGAAACGUUCCUAAAAUCAUCGAGAAGCUCCGCAAAAGGUUUGGAAAUCCUGAAAUCCUAUCCACUAUGCUAGCAUACCGAAUACAACGUCUUGCAGGCCCCAGUUCAGAAGAUCUUGAAUCGUUGAUCGAAUUCGGCAGUGCUGUGGAAGAGUUUACCGAACACAUGAAAGCGGCGAAACUUUUCGAUCAUCUCAAAAAUCCAAUCCUUAUGCAAAGUCUUGUACAAAAACUCCCUUCGUGUUAUGUUAUGGAGUGGGUUGAGUUUAAACGUCGCUGGUCUGUGGUUGAUUUGGAAACAUUUGGAAAUUUUAUGGAGGAAUUAGUCGAUAAAGCGUUGGAAGGAACUUUUGAGCAAUUUAGUGCAGACGACAUAAUGAAAGGCAAGAAGAAGGAGAAACUUGGAACGAAAGGAUUUGUUAAUUCUACAGACGGCGAGACACUGAAUCAAUGUUGUAUGUGUACCCAAAAGGAAUCGGCGACAGAUAUACAAAAACCCCAACAAGCUGGCGGAGUCAUUCGUUCAGUGACAAACGAUCGCUGCUGUUCAGUUUGUAGGAAACCCGGUCACUUUGGAAGAAACUGCAACGAGUUUUUAAAGUUGAACAUAGAAGAGAGAUGGAGGACUACGAAUCGAUUACAAUUAUGCCCAUUAUGCAUCUUCAACCACGGUGGAAAGGAGUGUUAUUCGAAACGAAGAUGUAAUGUUAACCAGUGUCAAAAAAGACAUCACCCAAUGUUACACUGGGAGGAAACUACGGGAUCAUAUACCAUCAGAAAUUGCAACAACCAUCAUCGCUCAGAUCACUCUGUUCUCUUUCGGAUUAUGCCUGUUACUCUAUAUAGUUCGGAGAAGCAAGUCCAUGCACUAGCUCUUAUCGACGAGGGUUCUUCUGUUACCUUGAUAGAUAAUGAUUUAGCAAAUCAGUUGGGAGCAGAAGGAGAACGAGAACCAUUACAAAUGUCGUGGGCCAAUGGAAUUAAUUCAACUGAGAACGAAUCGUUGAAGUUAAAUCUUAAGAUUUCUGGUAGAGGAAGUACCCAUAAGUAUAAUUUGCUUGAUGCCAGAACGGUUAAAAAUCUGGAUUUACCCAUGCAAGAGCUUAGUAAAUCUGAGUUGGAAAGGAAGUACAAACAUAUCCAAGAUGUCACAAUUCCAUCCUACAGCGUUUCUGCUCCUAAGCUUUUGAUCGGCAUCAACAAUAUCCAUUUGAUUGCCCCUCUCCAAUCACGUGUAGGUGAACUUGGCGAACCCAUAGCAGUUCAGUGCAAGCUUGGUUGGACACUGUAUGGACCAAGGCCUCGAGUUGUAUCAAAUGUAUUUUUCAUCGGGCACCAUCGUUGUAACUGUGAUAAGUGUUGCAAGACAGAUCGUGAAAUGAACGACGCUUUGAAACAAUUCUUCCAGCUCGAAGCUGUUGGUGUAUCUUCUGUUCCUCUGGAAUCGAAAGAAGAUCAACGAGCGCGAGAGAUUCUGCACAAAACGACUAGAAGAGUAGGUGAGCAUUUCGAGACAGGUCUUCUGUGGAAAGAAGAUGAAAUAUCUUUUCCAGAAAGCUACAAGAUGGCCGUGAACCGAAUGCAUAGUUUCGAAGCUCGUAUGAAUCGAAAUCCGGGAGUAAAAGAAGCGAUCGAGCAACAGAUAGAGGAGUAUAUAGCCAGAGGUUACGCGCAUCGCAUAACACCAAGAGAGCUCAGAGAGACGACGCCGGAAAAAAUUUGGUAUUUGCCGCUCAACUACGUGACUCACCCUAAGAAACCUGAAAAGAUUCGACUUAUAUGGGAUGCUGCAGCUAAGGUGAAAGGAGUGUCUUUGAACGAUAAACUCCUGAAAGGACCCGAUAUGAUCACUUCAUUACCAGCUGUGAUCAAUGGAUUUCGUGAGAGGAAAAUUGCUUUCGGCGGUGACAUACGGCAAAUGUUUCACCAGAUCCAGAUUCGUACAGAAGAUCGACAAGCCCAACGCUUCCUUUACCGAUCGAAUACAUACGAAGAACCGCAGAUUUAUGUUAUGGAUGUCGUUACGUUUGGAGCUAGAUGCUCCCCUUGUAUUUCGCAGUUUGUGAAGAACCUAAAUGCUCGCGAGCAUGAGAAUGAAAGUCCCGAAGCGGUAGAGGCUAUCGUAAAAAAACAUUUCGUCGAUGACUAUUUCGACAGUGCAGAUACGGAGGAAGAAGCUGUAAAAAGAGCAGUCAGUGUCAAAUCAAUUCACGCUGCUGGUGGAUUUGAGAUAAGAAAUUGGGUCAGUAACUCUGCGAAUGUUUUGGAAAAACUCGAAGCUUCGAUUUCUGAACCAAGGGAAGACAAACUUAUAAAAAUAGGAGGCGACGUAGAACGAGUUUUAGGAGUGAGCUGGAGUUCGAAAGAUGAUGUAUUUCAAUUUUCCACCGAAAUGUGCAGAGAUCUCAGGCCGUAUAUGACAGAAGGUGCAUGGCCAACAAAACGGAUAGCUCUAAAAUGCGUUAUGAGCAUGUUCGACCCGAAGCAGUUUCUGGCACCACUGUUAAUACACGGCAGAAUACUUAUGCAAGACGUGUGGCGUAGCGGUAUCGGCUGGGAUGAUAAUUUGGAGGAGGCUCAAUUCAAGCAGUGGCUCAGGUGGAUUGAGUUGUUCCCUUUGAUUGAAAAGGUUCGCAUACCACGAUGCUAUUUGGGGAACAUGGCUUCUUCAGCAUAUGAAUCGAUACAGUUACAUGUUUUCACUGACGCUGGGGAAGAUGCCUACGGCUGCGUAGCUUACUUUAGGUUCGUAUGUGAGGGAUCCAUACACUGUUCUUUCGUCGAAGCAAAGGCAAAAGUCUCUCCGUUACAACACAUGUCAGUUCCAAGGAAGGAGCUACAAGCUGCAGAACUCGGCACGCGAUUAGCAAAAUCGAUAAGUGAGACACAUUCCUUUUCCAUAACCCAAAGGGUCAUGUGGACUGAUUCACGCGCUGUUUAUUCAUGGGUCAGAUCCGAUCGAAGAAAGUACAAAGAAUUUGUUGCUCAUCGUGUUGGACAAAUAUUAUCUAUCACUAAUCCAGAAGACUGGCGUUGGGUGCCAACAAGAAGUAAUCCAGCCGAUGAUGUUACGAAGUGGGGAAAAGCAACUGAAGUCCACUCAUGCAGUCGUUGGUUUAAAGGACCAGACUUUUUGUACGAAGCGGAAGAGUCUUGGCCCGAACAAUGCCACACCCUGAUCAACGUCGAAGAAGAGUUUCGUGCCCGAGUGUUAUUCCACGAGAUAUUGUUACCAGAAGGAUUAUUUCAUCGCAUUGAUCAAAUAUCUCGAUGGAACGUCCUAGUUCGCAUGGUUGCCACUGUAUAUCGUUAUGUAUCGAACUGCCGACGACUAGCCAAAGAUUCCCCGAUCGAAGCUUUACCGACAAACGAAGAUGAGUCAAAAAAAUCUAAGAUUCCGUACAUUGUUUCUCCACUUCGGCAGGAAGAAUACAUGUUAGCAGAGAACUGUUUAUGGCGAAUCGCUCAAAACGAAGAAUACGGAGAUGAAAUCGUUAUUUUGACUCGGAAUCAGAAGUUGCCUGAGGAACGUAAGAUACCACUUGAACGAUCAAGCGCUUUGUACGAUAAAUCGCCAUUUUUGGACGAGUAUGGAGUAAUACGUAUGGAAGGCAGAACCGAAGCAGCAGAGUACAUGACGUAUGACUCAAAAUUCCCAAUAAUUCUUCCUAAAAAACAUCUAGUUACCAAGAAAUUAGUCGAAUAUUUUCAUCAACAAUCAGCCCACGGAAGCCGAGAAAUGGUAGUGAACGAGAUACGACAGCGUUUUUAUAUAGGAAAUGUGAGAUCCUUGGUAGAAAAGGUUUCCCGCGAAUGCUUGUGGUGUAAGAUACAGAAAGCCAAACCUAGUAUACCCCGAAUGGCCCCUUUACCAAGACAGCGUAUGGCAGCAGGAGCUGAACCAUUUUCCUUCGUUGGAAUUGAUUAUUUUGGACCUUUGGACGUUGCGGUUGGCAGAAGGCGCGAGAAACGUUGGGUUGCUUUGUUCACCUGUAUGACCACGCGUGCACCCUGUGAGCAGCAACGCGUCAAACGUCACCAAAAGCGUUUGAACGUUCUUCAAGUUCCGGAAUGGGAGAGGAGGAAAGAAAGCAAAGGAGAGAAAAUCGAUGGGGGAGCAGCGAUGAGGUGUCGGAGUCGAGGAGAUGCGAAACGACUAGUCAGUUGGGAGCAAGCGGCCUUUAAGCACGGUCGACUAUUUUUGAACGGAAAAUUAAAGCAACUUCCAAAAAGUUAUCCGAUUCCAUCCGGUGGUUCCAGCACAGAUCCGUUGGCAACUUCCCAGGCUCCCACAUCCCGGGUCCCCUUGUAG